AAGCAUGGUCUACACCGCAGAGUCAGGGAUUACGCCUUGCAAUGUAUAUGGAAACCGGGAUGACAGCUGUCAGGCACACUCCUAUUUCAUCUCCCAGGAAUUAAAAGGAGUUCUCCAACUCCGACUCCAGCAACGCCGAACCCGUGAGCAGCUAGCAGACCAAGGCAUCAUGCCCCCACUGAAGAGUCCAGCUGCAUUCCAUGAACAGAGGAAAAGCCUGGAAAGAGCCAAGACAGAGGACUACUUAAAACACAAGAUUCGGAGUAGACCUGAGAAAGCAGAUCUGGUUAAUAUGCAUAUACUACAAGAUACAGCUGCAGAAGGUACACUUCAAGCAACUCAAAUGAAACUCAAGAGGGCUAGGCUAGCUGAUGAUCUCAAUGAGAAGAUAGCCCAAAGACCUGGACCCUUGGAACUCGUGAAGAAGAACAUAAUUCCUGUAGAUUCAGCUGUCAAAGAGGCAAUCAAUGUUGGCCAAGUUAAUUUCCCGAAAGCCCCCGAUACAUUUUCCUUUGAGGAAGACAGCAGCAAUGAUGCACUGUCUCCAGAGCAACCCAGAAGUCAGGAAUCCCAGGGAUCAGAAAGUUCGCCAUCUGAGCCAAAAUUCACAGAGUCGUCGUCACCUCUAGCAACUACUACAAUACAGUAUCUGCCUCACCUCUCCCAGCAGUGUGAUCCAAACAGGACUACAUCUAACAACCAGAUCAACCAGCCAGGAAGCCAAAAGCAGCUGAAUGGGCAGAUUAGCACACCAAUACCAGUGCCAGCUAUAGUUAAAACAAAACCAUCUCCUGAUGGAAAAAACCAGCGCCACAAGAAGCCAAAGGAUACAAAACCAAAGGUGAAGAAACUGAAGUAUCACCAAUACAUUCCACCGGAUCAAAAGCCAGAGAAGUCCCCACCUCCAAUGGAUUCAGCCUAUGCGAGGCUGCUCCAACAGCAACAGCUAUUCCUCCAGCUGCAGAUACUAAGCCAGCAGCAGCAUCAUCAGCAUCAUUAUAACUAUCAGAACAUUCUGGCCACAUCUCUAAAAAAUAAUAGGGUAUCCGAGUUGAGGCAGCAGCUGAGAAUACGAGGUCUACCAGUGUCUGGGACGAAAACCGCACUCAUGAAGAGGCUGAAACCGUUCCAAGACUCGAAGAGCAGCCCCCUGCCGGCCAGCAGUACCAGCACCAGCACCAGCUCGACAGGGUCGGUCAGCGAGAUGACGGCCGUGACUUUCCCGAUGACUCCCGUGACCACUCUCUCAACCUUUCAGACUCAGACCGCGACCACAGUGCUGCCCAACGGAUUUUACCCGUUUGGCAGCACCAGCUCGACACCUCCCAUUUCCCCGGCGUCGUCCGAUCUCUCUGUCACCGGAUCUGACUUGAGCGGGUUGCCAGAUACCUUCAGCGACGUGCCUGUGCCUUCCCCGGUUCACCUUAGUGCUGAAGACAGUCUGAUGAGUAGCAUGAAUGGAGGCAGCGUCCAGGUGGAAAUGGACGGCUUUGACACCCAUAAGGACAAAAUGCUCAUGGAGAAGCAGAAAGUUAUCGACGAACUGACCUGGAAGCUCCACAUGGAGCAAAAGCAAGUGGAGGAAUUGAAGAUACAACUUCAGAAGCAGAAACAGAAUAACCAGCAUGACCCACAGGCAUCCUCCCAGUCACUCUUCAGUGUGGCUGUUAAGCAGGAAAACCUGAUGUCCAGCUGUCCAUUUGCAGCACAGCAGGUGAAUGAUAGAAAUGCAACCCCGAUGAUAUCCUCCACAUCCAGCAACAGUUCUACAGAGAGUCUAAACACUGCCGGUACCCCGUCGGGAAUGGCUAACAGUCAGGCAUGCGUGGAAGCUGCAGAGCACAAUGCAGUGAGGUCCCCGCCGUUUCUGAGUCCACAGUGCUCCCCUCAGCAUUCUCCAGUGGGAGGCCUGACCAGCAGCCCUCAGCAUGCCAGCCUUCCCCCAUCUCCAAACAAUCACUUCCUCCUGCCGGUGUCACCUGGCCCCCAGAACGGAGACGGUCGCAGUGUUUCACCCCGUCAGCUUCAGUCCAUUCCAGCUUGCAGCAGCCAACUCAAGAUGCAGGCCACAAAAGGACAGGAGCCUCAGCACCAAAACGGUAGCCCACAAUUCCAACAACAGCUCCAACAACAUAUAAUACGACAGCAGAUACUCAGAAAGAUGAAUGCUCCUCACUCUGCAAAUCAACAUGGCCAAAAGUUUGUCAUCAAUACUACUCCAUUCUGUAGUUCAAACUCAACCCUUAACAAGAUCAAACAACCUCCUUCAUAUGAAGAUGCAGUGAAACAGCAAAUGUCUCGAAGCCAGAUGGAUGAUCUUUUGGACGUGCUGAUUGAGAGUGGAGAAAUGCCACCAAAUGCAAAAACUGAUCAUCAUUGUGCUCAGAAAACAUUGCCUCAAAUCACAGUAUCAUCAGGAACUUCCAGUGUGUCUGUGCCUAGGACAUCGUCAAGUCCUUUUAGUCGCAUGUCUCCUCCCCAGCUAUCAUUUGACCAUUGCACCAGCAACAGCGACAAUCAGCUUCAGGCUCUGUUGAAUUCCCGCAGCUCUUUGAAUCGGGGCAGCGAUCUUGCAUUGCUUAAAAUUGGCGGUGAAGAUUCCCAGCUAGACAACGUGGCCGAGGGCUAUUCUGGCAACUCCCGAGAGGACAUGCUGAACACUCGAGACAUUCUGGAGAACCCCCUGUCACCGAUGGAUACCCAGAUGUCACCGUCCCCCACACAUGCCCAUGUUAUGAACCUAGGUCUUACAGAAACUCCCUUAGAGAACAUGGACUGGUUGGAUCUCACACCACCUAGCUCAGCAGCUGGUUUUGGAUCUGCUGGCUCCACCACACCGAGCAUCUUCUCUGCAGACUUCCUGGAUGUUACAGAUCUGAACUUAAACACAACCAUGAAUUUACAGUGGUAAUAUGCUGAAUGGGCUACAAACUAUAAGUAUGUUUGACGCCAUUCAAAUUGGGGUGUUAAAUAAAAUACAAGUAUACUGCGAAGGUAUACCGGUCAAAGAAGUCAUGUUGGCAAAGGUAAAGUCAAUGAAAUGAUCAAAUUGAUCAACCAUAAGAUGAUUACUCUAUGGUUGUUGCAUGUAGUAAUAUCCAGGUUACUGAAAGAGUUAAAAGCUUUAUAAAGUGCAUUCACCGCGUUUUACUGGAAGCAAAGUGAACAUAAAGUCCAUUGCCAAAGAGUCUACAUCUAAAUCUGACUGAAUUGGCAGGAAAGGUCUAAAAGGACUGAGAAUAUUGGCCAACUCUCAUUCUGGCCUUGUGCACACAAUCUGCAUUAUAUCUUUUGUACAUAGUCUACAUUUGCUCAUAUCUUUUGCAAGACUUUUUAUAACUUUUAUCGAGAAAAGGAUUCUUUACUAGACAAGCAAUAUUUGCUAUCCUGAAUAAUGGAAAGUAUUACAAUACUGGCGUCUUUUCUGAACCGCAUUUGCAAGGUCACACUACUUUAUGCAAGUAUUUGAUUAUUUGUAUUGUGAAUAUGUUAUGGUUCACUUUGCACAGUUAACAGUAGAGGAGUUGUCACUGUUUGCCUUUUUUUUAGAUGUUUUUAGGUGUUAAAAUGUUAGAAGCCAUUCCAUGCAGAUGUUUGGUAGUAUUUUCAAAAAUUAAUAAGUUUAUGAAACUGUGCAGUGUAUUGCUUUGCAUUACAGAUGCUUUCUAAUAGACUUGGUAGUGUUUGAGGGUGUUGGAGGAAGGAGGUCAUGUUUGAUAUUUAAUGAAGCAACAUGCCAACCCCUGUCCCUCCCCCAUGCCCACACCCCCAAAAAGGGUACCACUUUGUCAAAAGUGGUAAAUUAUGCAAUCAUUUUAUAUGUAAAGAAAACAAAACCAAGGUUAAAAAAAAUAAUUGUUUGUGCUGAAGUUGUGAUUCCCUACGAGCAUAGGAAAAUGUUAAACCUGAGUUCAAUGCACAGUAGCAAGCCAGCAUCAGACUUGGCGUUAUAUGCAAUUGUUUUACAACUAACUUGGGAACUGACCAACAAAACUAUUUUUUUAUAUUUUCCACAAGUAAUCUUGAGGCCCAUAAUUAAAAAAAAAAUAAGGAAAUGAAAUAUCGAUUCUAAAGGGAACAAGAAUGAAUUGAAAAUUAUACAUCACCUGUUUCAAUCCUUGUCUUAGUGUAAAGAAAAUAGUCUAUUUUUGGUAAUUUUUAUUCAAGGCAACAAAGUGCUCAACAAAAAAGUAUUUUCGUACCAUUUUGUAUCUUGUAUUAUCCCUUUCUGCAAUGAUAUUUAAAUGAAAAGAACUUCACAUUGCCUCUUUUGAAUGGCAUACUAUACAGAAAUCUCUGGCCAAUUCACUAUUGUGAAGUUUGAGGAAGAUCUUUACCAAAGGAUUUGCUUGUUUCCCCUUUAUGGUAGUAGUGUGGCUGGUAAUAAAAAUAAUAAUGCCCUACUGACCCUAAUUAAUUCAUUGUUUUCAAAAAUAUUUUUUAAAAAACAUAUAAGAUAUUGUGCAGUUAAUUAGUAUUUAAUGCUCACAGUGUUUUAUCCUGCCAUUCCUUAUGAUUAUCUAGUUUACCUCUUUGCUGACUACUUGCACAGACUUCUUCAAACAAGCAGUAAAAUGCACAGAUCAUUUUGAAAAAUAGAUGAUAGGAAUCAAAAUGAUUGAAAGGGAUAAACAAUCAUCUUAAAAGUACAUCAACCCAAGAGCAGCAAUUCAUGGUCCAAGUUCCUUAUUUAUUCUCCCUCUUAAUCUCUAAUAUUUCCUGAAAUGCCUUUUGAGUUCAAUAAUGCCUAUAAGGUAUAAAUGAUCAUUCUAACCUACAUUUAAGUAUAUCCCAUUCCAAUGUUAAUACAUUGUCUUGCGUGACUCUGUGAUAUGACAGUGGUUGCUCAGAAACUGGAUGAAGCACGUGGGCUUUAGCAUCCCUUGCACACCCAUAUAAUUGAUAACAACAGUGCAUUUUUGAAUUGUUUAAUCCCAUAUCAAUGUUUCGAACAAUUUACAAGUCUGCCCAUGCCUGGAAAUAAUUCUUGUGCUGUAUUGCAGAAAAGGUUUCCUAUUGAUUUUGCAGCCUCUGUAUGGGAGACUUACAAGGCAAAUGCUGUCUCUUUUUCUUUAAAGCAAUGGUGAUCAACAUUCGACUAUCGCAACGUACUGGAGUAAACUUUAUAGCAUAUUCCAAAUCCAAAGUGCUGCAUCAGGUUUCAUUUAAUCCUGAAAUUCUCGAGCUCACUUCUUUCAAGCCCUGCUUCUCAUGCAUUAAGUUCAUAAAUCCAAGAUGUCACUAUUAGGAGGCAAAAAGAGUUAUCUGUUUUUAAAGAAAGACUAAAGCAUUUGUCUACAGCCAUCAAAAGAAUCUUUGCACUAUUUGAAAGGCCAGCAAGCAGAUCUCCUGAUAGAUGACAGGCUAAAAAACAAAUAGGUAGAUGAAAGGGUUGAAAUCAAGAGAAUUAUUGACUUGAGCAGCAAUGUGAGACUACAUGUUCUCCGACUGUAACAGCCCCUAGUCAGAAAUAUAAGAAUGAAAAGUCAUUCACGACCAGCAUUACAAUGGGUUUGUUUGUGCAUUGACAUUAUGAUGCUUUUCCAGUUGGAAAAUAUAUUGACCAAAUCAAUUUUUCAAAAGAGCAUUGUUUUAAGGUGGCACCCCAACCCCUCUACUGUAUCACGACCUAAUUCUGAAAUAUCAAAAUUGAUCAGCAAAUGGAACAAAGUAGGUAAAACUCAAACUCUCUAAAUUUACUACUAAUUCAAAAAUUUGCAAAAAUGACAAAUUAUGGUCGGGGUUCUGAGAUCCCUAUAAAAGGAAGGGCAUUCCCCAUUGACUUCAAAGAAAGCUGCCCAUAGGAAGUAGUGGUCUGUGUGACAUGAUCUUCCCUUUCCAGCUGGCAAUUCAAAUCUAGCACCAGGGAAUAUCUUGGUGUAAACUUCAGUGAUGUCAGCAAGCAAGUAAAUAGCCAAUACAUUUGAAAUAUUCUGUCAUAUCCAGCUAGGAAGUUAAACACACCUGAUGUUCUAUGAUUUAAAAUUUCAGAAAGCAAAGUAAAUGAUUAUGACUGAAUUGAGAUUGAAGCUAAUACAAGCUUCAAAAAAGAAAAAUGGAAACACGGAAUUUCUUAUACUAAUGGAAAAUAUAAACAUUCCCCAAAAUUUAACUUUCUUUUAGGGCCAAUGAUUUUGGUACUGAACUAGUUAUGAAGUGAUGCCACUAAAAACCCAGUUACAUUCAAAAAGGUAUAAAUUUAUCAGUGGUUUUUACAGUGAAACCAACAGCUAGUGGAAUUUCUUGUAAAUUCAAUAGAUUUCCAUUGCCUGCAGUUAAAAUUGCACCCUUUGGAAAAGCAAACUAUUACAGACAGCACCUACUGGAUUUUGUGUAAUAUUCCAUGUACGUACAGACUCCUACAGUUGUUGAGAAUUUCAGUGGAAUGAUGCCAUUGAACGCUGAUUGUUUCACAGUGAUUGCUACUGCAAAAUCUGGGCCUAUGUAUUCGAAGAAACUGUUUUAGAAGUAGUUGUAAGUAGAGUGACUUGAGCCAUCUCAAAAAAUUAUUAAAGUAAUCAUAAUUGGCAGCAAAAGGCAGGAACUGAAUUGAUUCUUUAAAGUAACGUGUUUGUAUUAGCUACAUAAUUUCAAACCAAAGUCUCGAGAAGUCCACAUUAAGUAAUUUCAAUUUCUGAUGUGGUGUGCAUUAUCUCACCUGUAAGGACACAUCCCUUUUUCUUUAAGCUCAGAAAACCUGUAUAGAGGUUAAUGUAAACCAAAUCUAAUUGAGGUACCACUCAAGUUAAAACAAAAAACAAUUUGAAACAGCUUACCAGCAUAAAGCACUAUUAAGCUUCCCAACACAACUCAA